AUGGCAUGGGUGGAACAGUUACCAAACGAUACAUACAGUGGAGAUACAUUGAUCGUGGCAGGUGAUAUAACGCAUAUCCUUUCGAAGCUUGAGCAGACGUUAAGAAUUUUCAAAUCCAAAUUCAAAGAAGUUUAUUACUGUCCAGGUAAUCAUGAGUUAUGGAUUUCCUCGAACGAUACAGAUUUGGGUAUUAAAGACUCAGUGAGUAAAUUUUUUCAUAUAUUAGAAUUAUGUGAGGAAAUUGGUGUACACACUCGCACAGGUAUAUCAGAGGGUGUUACUAUUGUUCCUUUAUUUGGUUGGUAUGAUGAAAGUUUGCAUAUACCUAUGCCGGAAGUUGUAAGUGACAUUACGUUGUGGACAGAUUAUCAUCUAUGCAAAUGGACUGAGGAAGUACCCCGAGAAGGUGCCGCGAAAUAUUUUGUACAGCUCAAUACAGCGCAUAUGCCAAAUCCGUUGGAUACCACAAAAGUUAUCACCUUUUCACACUUUUUCACGAGCAGGAAGCUAAUGAACGCCUAUGGAGAUGAAAUGCGUCGGAGAAGAAAAGAGAUACAGAAAACUGCGCAACAACUUAAACAAGAACAAGAUACUGUUAGAGCAAACUUUUCACUUGUUGCGGGAACUGAUCUUUUUGACAAACAGAUAGAACUGCUUCAUUCACUUGUUCACAUAUUUGGUCACAGUCACAGAAAGAUGCAAGUGGAAAUUGACGGAACGCGAUACAUUAACAAUCCAUUAGGAUAUACUUAUGAAAGGGCUGCAGGACUAAUUGCGCCUCCUCACGAUCUUCUUCAAAUAGAUAUAUAA